AUGCCUUCCGAAGAACAACCCCAGACCGAGGAGUCGAGAUUGCUCCUCGUCUCGAAUCGACUGCCCAUUACAAUCAAGCGCUCGGAUGAUGGAAAGUAUGAUUUUUCCAUGUCAUCAGGUGGUCUCGUCAGUGGGUUGAGUGGCCUGACGAAAUCGACUACGUUCCGGUGGUAUGGGUGGCCCGGCUUGGAGGUUCCCGAAGAAGAGAUUCCCGUGGUGCAGAAACGGCUCAAGGAUGAAUACGGGGCCAUUCCUGUCAUGAUUGAUGAUGAGCUUGCUGAUCGACAUUACAAUGGCUUCUCUAAUUCGAUCCUUUGGCCGCUGUUUCACUACCACCCCGGCGAAAUCACAUUCGACGAGUAUGCAUGGGACGCAUAUAAAAAAGCCAAUCGUCUGUUUGCGCAAGCCGUUGCGAAGGACGUCCAGGAUGGUGAUUUGGUAUGGGUCCACGACUACCAUUUGAUGCUGCUACCGGAGAUGCUGCGAGAAGAGAUUGGCGAUACGAAAAAGAAUGUCAAGAUUGGUUUCUUCCUUCACACACCGUUCCCCAGCAGUGAGAUUUAUCGGAUUCUGCCUGUGCGGAACGAACUUUUACUUGGUGUCUUGCAUUGUGAUUUGAUUGGAUUCCACACAUAUGACUACACACGACACUUUUUGAGUAGUUGUUCACGACUUCUUAACCUCCAAACCACACCAAAUGGAAUCGAGUUUCAAGGCAAGAUUGUCGCGACUGGCGCCUUCCCCAUCGGCAUUGAUCCGGACAAGUUCAAGGAAGGGCUUUUGAAAGAAAAAGUCCAGAAACGAAUUGAGAUGCUUGAACAGAAGUUCCAAGGAGUGAAACUCAUGGUCGGAGUAGAUCGUUUGGAUUACAUCAAGGGUGUACCACAGAAACUACAUGCUUUGGAAGUGUUCCUCAGUGAUCACCCCGAGUGGGUUGGUAAGGUGGUACUCGUACAGGUUGCAGUCCCUAGUCGACAGGACGUCGAGGAGUACCAGAACCUGCGAGCAGUUGUCAAUGAGCUUGUUGGCCGGAUCAAUGGAAAGUUCGGCACCGUGGAGUUUAUGCCAAUCCACUUUUUGCACAAAUCAGUCAACUUUGACGAGCUCAUUGCAUUGUAUGCCGUUUCAGACGCAUGUAUCGUGUCCUCUACCCGCGAUGGAAUGAACCUCGUCGCCUACGAAUAUAUCGCUACACAGCACAAGCGCCACGGUGUUCUUGUUCUGUCUGAAUUUGCUGGAGCUGCUCAAUCACUCAAUGGCAGCAUCAUCGUCAACCCUUGGAACACCGAAGAACUCGCCGGCGCUUAUCAAGAAGCCGUAACUAUGAGCGAAGAACAAAAAGCACUUAAUUUCUCCAAGCUCGAAAAAUACGUCUCCAAAUACACGAGUGCAUUCUGGGGACAAUCCUUCGUCAGUGAACUGAAACGCAUCUCGGCACAGUCAAAACAGAAGGUCUCAGUGCGAAAAGCGUCGCUUCUCGUGCCUGGCGUGUCCACACCUGUAAUGAACGGCGACGGCGAGCAGACUGCCCCAGAUGAGGUUGUAGUGGUAUCGUCAGAAGGAGAAGCAGAAGAAGAAGCGGGCGUCCGACGACUCGAGCAAAAUUUACACCUACCUUCCGCCGACGAAUUCMCCCGACACAAAAUGGCGCCCAGCAACAUCCUCAGAGGCAGCCUGCUUCUCUCCUCGACAGUGGCAAGAUCUGCAACUAGAAUGAAUGCCUUUCAGUCACAGACCAGAUAUGCAGGUGCCAUCAACGCCUCGGGCUCGCGACGAUCGAUCUGGAAUUUUUUGACGGGCGAACAGCAGAAGAAUCAAGCCGCAAAGAAGGGCGAGGAAGAGAAUCAACAGCAAGAGCAAGAAGCAGAAAACGAAGUUGAGGAGCAGCAGUCCACAUCUUUAGACGCACAAAAACAACAACAACAAUUAGAUGCCCAGAACCUGGCAUCAGCCUCAACCUUCUCCGAGACGCAGACCUCACCAACCCCCAUAAUCGACCAAGUCAAAGAAGCCGAACAAGAAAUCCUUCCCUCCGAACAACAAGAAACUAGCUGGCCCUCCGACGUCCCCCAACCCUCAAUCAGACAAUACCCCUACACCCUCAAACGCGGCACUGUAACCAGUGUCGGCCUCAUGUCAAAAACCGUGCGCGUCGCCUACCAGCACCGCGAAUGGGAUCGCAAGAUUCGGAAAUACUACCCGAAAACCACGACCUAUCUCGUGCACGAUCCACGCAAUUCGCUUAGGGAAGGGGAUGUCAUUGAGUUUUCGUCGGGGGCGCCGAGAGCGCCGAGUGUGAGGCAUGUUGUUGAAAGGAUUGUGGCGCCGUUUGGGUCCGCGGUGGAGGAGAGGCCUGCUGUGCCGACGAGGGCGGAGAGAGAGGAGGAAAUGGUGGCCAAGAGGAUGGUGAAGUUGAUGAGACAGGCAAGCAGGAAAGCUGCCGAGGAAGGAGAAAGCGAUGUUGGGAAGGUGAUGAGGAGGGUUGUGGAGAGUAAGGAGCAUGUUGGUAGGAUUCGGGGGUUGGUUAUUGAGCGUGCUGCUGCUCAGAGUCAGGCUAGUGCUUAG